AGGGUGGGGUUGAAGCGUUAUCACAAUGUUAAAAACGUGUUUCCACCGGUGGAAUAACUAUGCUCAUGUUGUAGCAAUAUGAUUAACCGUUACACACGUUUUUGACAUAUACAAAUGUUCCCACAAACAUAACUGCAGUGAUUAUUUCGUCAUUACCUUUGUUUUGGUUAGGUGCCACUGAGGUCCAGAGCAGAGGCUGAUGGGUAACACUGCUCUGGUCUCAGUCAGCAACGGCAAUCUGAGAUUGAAAUGAUGGAGAUGACAUUAAACUAGUGGGAAUAUUGCUGCAAGCGCCGUAAUAAUACAGUCAGUCCACUUCCACUUUAAAAUAUAGCGAACCUCUCCAAUUAUAUUUAUGAGCCUUGUUUCAAGAAACAAAGUACCAGAAAAGGGGGAAACUGCAAUCUUAGAAUUAAAAAAAAAAAAAAUCUGCGUAACAUUGGGCUGCAGCUAGGACCGCGGAGACUGAUGGGUAAGCAUGUCAAAGAAGCAGAAUUUACACCACGGAAUACAGUAGACUAGCAGUAGUACAAUUUUGAAUUUAACAAUAACGAUUAAACUAUUAGCUGCUGCUGCUGCUGCUGCUGCUGUGUGUUUAAUUCAGCUGAAAAACCUCAAGCUCGUAUCCAGUCUCCACAUCAGAUGUAAAAUGAAGAGCUUAUUCAACUUUGAGUGAAAUCACAAAGAAAAGGCUGUACCAGAGCAGCUGUCUACAUGCCGCGAUGGCUGAUGGAUACUGAAUGAAAUAUGCAAAUACAUACAUGGCUAAAGCUGGUGCUGAGGUCUCGGCUGCCUUUGUGUUACUCCUCUAAAUUCACCAUCCAGGGAGAGGACUCCAUCAGCACUGUCAACACCUGCAAUUCAGUGGUAGCAUUUCCAUCAGUCAGGUUUUUUAUUUACCUGUAAGUGUCUAGAUUGGACUGCAAGGAAACUAUCAGUGUUGUUACCAAGUCUGUGUGUGGAUAGAAAGAGCCUGGCAAUUCAAGUGUACUGAAGCCUUUUGAUGGGAUGUAGUGGUUUGUAUGGGGUGGAUUACGAGGUGAUACGGAUAUUCUUUUAUUCAUAUUAUUUGUGCUAUACUACGGUUAGGAUCAUGGGGGAUAUGAAGACCCCAGACUUCGAUGACCUGCUUGCCGCCUUUGAUAUCCCAGACAUGGUUGAUCCUAAAGCGGCUAUUGAGUCUGGGCAUGAUGACCAUGAAGGGCAAAUCAAACACAGUGUUCAUGUAGAGGAGGAUUCCCAUGUCCCACCUGUGCCUGACGUUGGGGUCAGUGUCAUUGUUAAAAACAUCAGAAAUAUUGAUGCAACUGAGCCAGUGAGCGCAGAAAAGGAAAAUCACUCCACAGGGAAUGGACUUCAUAAUGGUUUCCUGGCCAUGUCUUCCAUUGAUCGCUACACUAAAGAACAAGGGAAGUCCCUAAAAGGGGAGGGUCAUGGCGUAGUAACCAAAGAGUCUUCUUUCAGCCAGUUCAGCCCCAUCUCAAGCGCAGAGGAAUUUGAUGAUGAUGAUGAUAAGAUCGAAGUCGAUGAUCCACCAGACAAGCAGGUAAGCAGGCCUUGUUACCGGGCCAACCCGCUCACAGGAUUUGCGAGUAAGCAAGAGCAAGACAGACCAAAAGGGUUAGGAGGGGAUAGCUUGGCCAAACCAAUGCAGAACAAUGAGUACGACAAGGUAAAAAUGAUGAAAAGGGAAAACAACAAAAACUUGGACAAUUUAAGCAUGUACGACCAACCGAAGGCAAGCAAGACUGAAGAGAAGCUCAAAGACAGUGCUCAAAAGCCACAGGAUGUGAAGGAAAGUGUAGAAAAAACUGGAGUAAAUGUGGCUUGCACAUCACAGGCUAAAGACAAAUCAUCAGCAAAGCUUUCCUCCUGCAUCGCUGCUAUUGCUGCUCUUAGUGCAAAGAAAGCCACCCUGGAUACUGUCCCUCAGCCUCAGUCUAGCCCUAGUGACUCACCCAAGGAAAUGAGAGAGAGCCGGAGGGUCAUCAACAAGCCCAUGAACCCUCAUAGCCCCAUUGAGACAUCAAAAAAAAUAUUUACCAAGCAGCCUGACAGCCCCAGCAGUGUUUCAAGUGAAGGCAGUAGUAAAGGUUCUCCAUCCUCCCUGGCUGGCUCCACACCCGCUAUCCCUAAAGUCCGCAUUAAAACAAUAAAAACAUCCUCAGGACAGAUCAAGAGGACAGUCACAAGUGUAUUGCCAGACUUGAACCGUGAAGGCUGUAAAAAGGGCCUUAAUCAGGCAUCCUCCAUGGUAGUCUCUUCCAUUUUGUCAUCUGCAACAUCUACAGCUGUCUUUUCAUCUCCACCUAGAACUGUGCAGACCACAAUGGUGGCCACCACUGCCAGUUCAACAACCGAAAUGACUUCCAAGCAGGUGACCAUUAAACCAGUAGCCACCGCUUUUCUUCCUGUCUCGGCAGUUAAGACUGCAGGCUCCCAGGUGAUUAAUCUGAAACUGGCCAACAAUACUAUGGUGAAAGCCACAGUGAUUCCAGCCACUUCUGUUCAGAGUGCCAGCAGUGCCAUCUUGAAAGCUGCCAAUGCGAUCCAGCAUCAAACGGUGGUUGUACCUGCCUCCAGCCUCGCCAAUGCCAAACUUGUGCCAAAGACUGUCCAUCUUGCAAAUCUCAACCUCCUGCCUCAGACGUCUACAACCACCUCAGAACUCCGUCAAGUGCUCUCCAAACCACAGCAGCCAAUAAAGCAAGCCAUGAUUUCUACACCGACAGCUAAGAAAGUGUCCAGGGUCCAGGUGCUGGCAAGCUCCCAGAGCUCAGUGGUAGAGGCAUUCAACAAGGUUCUAAGCAGCAUUAACCCAGUCCCCGUUUACGUUCCAAACCUCAGUCCUCCCUCUGCUGCUGGUAUUGCCAUACCCUUCCGUGGUUAUAAAUGUUUAGAAUGUGGUGACUCUUUUGCCUUGGAGAAAAGCCUGACGCAGCACUAUGACAGGAGGAGCGUUCGCAUAGAAGUGACAUGCAACCACUGUGCUAAGAACCUUGUUUUCUACAACAAGUGCAGCCUUCUUUCUCAUGCCCGUGGACACAAAGACAAAGGUGUGGUUAUGCAGUGCUCCCACUUAAUCUUGAAGCCCAUACCAGCUGACCAGAUGAUCGCCUCCCCCUUCCCCACUUCAGUCGUUGCCACAACAGCUAUACAUAAUCCCACAACAACUGUAAACGCAGUGGCAAAAACUGUAGCCGCUGCCCUUAGCACUGUUAUAUCAGCUCCCUCCAGUGCCCCAGUUGUCCCAGCCAUGCCACUCGACGAGGAUCCAUCCAAACUGUGCAGACAUAGCCUUAAGUGUUUAGAAUGCAGCGAGGUGUUCCAAGACGAAGCCUCGCUCGCAAUGCAUUACCAGCAAGCUGUAGAAUCAAGUGGACAGAAAACUUGUAAUAUCUGUCAGAUGCUGCUUCCAAAUCAAUGCAGCUUUGCUUCACACCAGAGAAUUCAUCAGCAUAAAUCUCCCUAUACUUGUCCUGAAUGUGGAGCAAUCUGCAGGUCUGUCCACUUCCAGACUCAUGUUACCAAGAGCUGUCUGCACUACACCCGCAGAGUGGGGUACCGCUGUGUACAUUGCAGUGUCAUCUAUUCUGACGUGUCUGUCCUCAAGUCUCACAUCCAGGGGUCUCACUGUGAAAUAUUCUAUAAAUGUCCUAUCUGUCCAAUGGCGUUUAAAUCCGCACCAGGCACCCACUCACAUGCCUACACACAACACCCUGGAAUCAAAAUAGGAGAACCCAAGUUAAUAUACAAGUGCUCAAUGUGUGACACCGUGUUUACUCAGCAGACUUUGUUGUACUCCCACUUUGACCAACACAUAACUAAUCAGAAGGUGUCUGUCUUCAAGUGCCCUGACUGCUCAAUGCGAUAUGCACAGAAGCAGCUUAUGCUGGAUCAUAUAAAGUCUAUGCACGGCACGCUAAAAUCAGUUGAGGGUCCUCCAAACUUGGGUAUAAACUUGCCCCUAACCAUCAAGCCAACAAACCCAAUUUCCACCAGCCAGAUCAACAAGGAUGUGAGUCCUGUCAACGGGACUGAAAAGGCUGAUAAGAAGCCUCUGGCACCUCUAAAGAAAACUGCAACUAUACCUACUUCUCCCAAGAAAGCAAAUAACCCUGGGUGGAUGUGCUGGGAGUGCGACAGAUUAUUCACGCAGCGAGAAGUCUACAUAUCUCACAUGAGGAGAGAGCAUGGAAAGCAAAUGAAGAAGCACCCCUGCCGUCAGUGUGACAAGUCCUUCAGUUCCUCACACAGCCUCUGUCGACAUAAUCGCAUUAAACACAAAGGCAUCCGCAAGGUCUACACAUGUCCACACUGCCCAGGUCCAAAUCACACUUUCAGCAAACGGUUAAUGUUGGAGAAGCAUAUUCAGCUAAUGCAUGGCAUUAAGGAUGCAGAUGUGAAGAAAAUAACAGGAUCCACCAGCACGGAAGAGGUACCAGAAAAAGAAGGUCACAAGGCCCCUAGCUCCAAGCGCAAACUGGAAGAUACCGUUUUGGAAUUCCGUCCACGAGGAGCAAUAACGCAGCCCCUUAAAAAGCUUAAAAUAAACGUUUUUAAGGUCCACAAGUGUGCUGUGUGCAGUUUUACGACAGAGGAUAUUGUCAAGUUCCACGAGCACAUUCCCCAACACAAAUCUGAUGGCUCCUCCUUCCAGUGCAGAGAGUGUGGCCUUUGCUAUACCUCUCACAACUCCCUCUCCAGGCACCUCUUCAUAGUUCAUAAAUUAAAAGAACCGCAGCCAGUAUCCAAACUAAAUGGGUCUGGGGAGGACAGCCAGCAGGAGAACAAACUAAACCAAGGGAGCAUGGUCUCUGACAGUACCUCAGAUAAAAAAUGCAAGGUUUGUGCCAAGACAUUUGAAACAGAAGCUGCCUUGAGCACUCACAUGAGAACACAUGGCAUGGCAUUCAUUAAGUCAAAAAGACUGAACUCAGCAGAGAAUAAAGAAAUGUUUCAUGAAAAACAAUAGUACUAUCUAAAUACUGUGCAAGCACUCACAGCAAGGAAUGAAAUGUUCACACUUACAGUGUUACAUCGUUAUAAGGGUGCCCUUUAUACCUUUGAAACCAGUUAUAAGGCGAUAUGGUCAUGGCUCCCAUUUGCCCUAAAAUGUCAUUUCACAAUGCGGAACACAACUUACUCUUUACUAGGGCUUUUGAAGACAGCUUUAUGAAGCACUGUAGUACGUUUUCAGCUGCUACACACUACACUUUAGACCUCUUUUCUCCGACACACCCCUACAGAAUUACCCUUAAAACUUUUUCUGUAUUUAAAAUACAAUUUGUGAAUAUUUAAAGAAAAUCUCAAAAACAUUUUGUACAUUUUUGUGUGUAUAUAGGUGUUGAAUGUUUUUAUAGGAUAUUUUCUUUAAGGUGUUUUCUGUGUCAGAAAUCUUCAAUUUCUUCUAACUAUUUGGAAUUGUUUGAUACUGUGAAUAAGUUAUAGCUUGAUAUUUACUAUAUAACCUCACAAACUACAGUAUUCCAUAUUUCAUAGUCCAAAGACAAAUAACAAAAAACUAGUCUAGAUAUUAUGUAUUCCAUUUAGUUCAACUUUAGGUAAUAUGAGUUCCACAUUUUUUCAAGCUAAAUAUAAAAAGAAACGGAUGGACAAUAGGUGUUAUACAUCGGAGGUCAAAAUGUUUGUGACAUCGAAUAGAAAUAUGCCAGACCCUAUUCUAAUCAUCUAAACCACUGUUGAACCUCCAUUUACACAAUGCAGUUUUGGUAGUUGCGUUUCAAAGUUUUGAAAACCUCUGCUGGAACAACUUCCUUACCCGAUAUUGUUGACUUUGAAAAAUUUCCUGCAAGGAAAGAGCUACAGAAACCUAUCUGUCUCAGGGUAAGCUACACAUUAGCAAAUCAAAUAUCUAGGUAAUGAGGGCCUUACCAAUUCCUUUGGGACCAGGAGAGCUGGCAAAAUUGAACUGAUAAAAGCAUACUUUAUGAAAAUGUAUCCAGUGGCACGAAUAUUUUGACAAUCCCUUGUACUUCGAAUUACUGUUAAUGAAUAACAAAACAUUGGUUUCAAUACAUUUGCAUAUGCUUUUCUGACGUGCAGUUUACAGGUCUUCUAAACGAUCUGACUAUAUUGUGCGGGGAAAAUGUAUCUAUUUGGUUAAAUUUGCUAUAAAAAAUAAUUCUCUGUGAGAGUUUUUAUUAUUUCAUUUUUUGUAUUUUUGUUUAGUUUUUGCUUUUAUACAGUAAUGUAUUUCUUUAUAUGACGUUUUGUAUAUUUUUUUUUAAAGAAGUAAUUUUAGUGUAGAUAACAAACUGCAUGAGAAGCUGUAACAGUUGUUACCUUGGUCUUAGAAUGUGUCUUGCUGCUGUUAGAUAGGUGUCAGAUGUCAAUGUAUGAAAUGUUUAUGUCAAUAAAAUGUGGAGGUUGCGCACUA